GCCACCACCGGAAGUGGGGCACUACUUCGACGGGCUGGCUUCACUCGUGAAUCUUGUUCGUCUUCGGGGUGAACUUCACGAGUCAAACUCCUGCGGACCCGACCAUGAGAGAGUUAGUCCGGCUGUCAGAGAGAGAGGAAGAAGACAUGAGCUGUAAAGUGAGUCUGAGUUUCAGAGAAAGCUUCCAGAAAACUCUUCUCUUUAUCUCGCUUUGAAUCGAGCGUCACAGAAAGCAGCGAAGAAGAAGAAGAAGAAGAAGUUCUCCCUGAGAGGCGUUCAAAGACGGCUGAAAGAGGCGUUUAAAGACAGCCUGAAUCUCUCUCUCCUCAGACUCCACAGACUCCACAGGCUCCAGAGGAGUUUACUUUGACUCUACAAUGUUCAGGCUGUCCUUCCAGAGGGCUCUGGUGGUGGUGGUGAGGAUGCCGGGGACAGGGCGACACACGCCGAGCUGCUGUCUGGGGACACACGGGAGGAACGAGCCGAAGGAGCCGCUGAACUCCCCGAAGAGAGCCAAAGAGUUCAUCUACCGGCUGCAGCCCGCAGAGAGGACGUGUUUACUGCAGGAGCUGCAGAGCUUCGAGUCUAUAGCUAUCACUCAAGAGACGUUGGCGCCCUCGCCGCCGACUGCAGCCCAGAUCAGACACAUGUUAUUCCACAACGCCAUCCCCUUUGUUGGAUUUGGUUUCCUUGAUAAUGCCAUCAUGAUUGCAGCAGGAACACAGAUUGAGCUUUCUAUCGGAGUCACUCUGGGGAUCUCCACUAUGGCAGCUGCCGCUCUGGGGAACCUGGUUUCGGAUCUGGCGGGUCUCGGCCUCGCAGGUUACGUGGAGGCGCUGGCUUCCAAACUGGGGUUUCACGGUCCAGAUCUGACGCCCAAACAGGCGGACAUGUGGCAGACCAGGGUCAGCUCCCACAUGGGGAAAGCCAUCGGAGUGACCAUCGGCUGCAUCCUGGGGAUGUUCCCGCUGCUGUUCCUCGGCGACGACAACGACAAGGAGAAGGAGAAAGAGACCUGCAGUGACGCAGCAUCAGACUCUUCCUAACAAAGCACUACAGCUCCACCUCACCACCUCACCACCUCACCGUCACACCCACAGACUCGAUACCGCUGAUGUCAAACCGUAACAAGAAGUAUUUACAUUUGGAUGUUUCUCUCGUGUGUCCUGCUCUGGAGGCGCUCUGAAGCACUUUGUGUAAACUCCUCCGGCCCGCGGUGAUAUUUACACACUGUCUGCUCCGUCAGCACGCCGUCUGUUUACUCCGUGUGUCAGUUUUAAUCGGACAUCCAAUUACAAAUCCACUAAUUCUGAAAAGAGGCGAGCGACGGGCGCUGGAGGAGUCUUCCUCCUGAUUCUUUAAUUCUUUGUGACCGGAUUGAUUCAUCGUUUGUGAUUUUAAGCUAAACUGAAACACUCCCAGGAUCCUUUGGAGGGAUUCCCUGAACAGAAACAGACGUAAAAGGAGAAACUGGAAACUGGAAAUCUACAAAAACCUCUCAAACAAGACUUUAGAGUCAACCAGCACGGCAGAUUUUGGGAUGACUGUCGAGCUAAGUGGUGAUUCAUCCUCUCCUCUCCUCGUCGGCGUGAUCGUGUUACAGGACACGCCGGCCCUCUGCUUCUGAUGCUCAUCUGGAUCUUGCUCCCUGAUUGGCUCUUGUUUCAAGUCCUCAGAGUUCCCUCAAUCCAACUGAUUCUAAAAAUUGAACAUGUUUAAUAUUUACGAUUUCAAAUUGGGGCGGCCCGUUCGUCUUCUGAGCAGACUAGAGGAAGUUAAAUCUCUCUUAUGGCGAGAUGAUCUUUAGAAACAUAGAAACAUCAGGAGUUUGCAGACUUAGGUUUGAAGAUCUCUUACCUCUGGAGCUUGAAUUCCCAUUUACAGCUUCAUCCUGAUGUGUGGAGGUAAAAACUUAACAUGUAGUGAAGCUAUAAUGAAAAUACAGAAAAGUAUAAGACACUAUAAACUAAAUUAGAGGGUUUUUAAAGCUGAGAUUAGCAUAAAUUGGAGACAGCUGCUAGUUUCUUUGAUUUAAAGUAGAGGAGUCUGCACCAGGAGGCUGAUAUUAGGCUGCAAGAAGCUACAACAUAUGACUAUUGAUUGUCCAUAAAUGCAACCAUUAAAUUCUUAUUUUAUCUCUUAUUGCUUGGGCUUUAAAAUAAAAAAAAAUCUAGGAUUUUUUUAAAGAAGCUGCAAUCAAAUAAUUUAACUUUCUCUUUUAUUAUUUUGAUAUAAAAAUAGAUCGAUAUUAAUUUAAUAAUUCAUGAAUGAUUAAAUACUCAAACUUCAAGCUCAAAUAUAUUAAAAGAAAUUCUAGGAUUUUUUUAAAGAAGCUUCAAUAAAAUUAUUCAACUUUCUUUUAUUAUUUUGAUUUUUAAAAAAGACUUAUAUUAAUUUGAUAAUUCAUAAAUGAUUAAAUACUCAAACUUCAGGCUCAAAUAUAAUACAAAAAAAUACAGGAUUUUUUUAAAAGAUGCUGCAAUAAAAUAAUUCAACUUUCUUUUAUUAUUUUGAUUUAAAAUAGACGGACAUUAAUUUAAUAAUUCAUAAAUGAUUAAAUACUCAAACUUCAGGCUCAAAUAUAAUUAAAAAAAAUUUUUUUUUUAUCUUAUAUUAUGCAGAUGAUUUCCUCAGCAGACACUUUAUACACUUAAAUAUUUCAUUUAGAAAAUACUGUUUCUUUAUUUUCUGUCAAAACUCAAAAGUCCUCCAGAAACUGAGGCACUGUGACUUUAAAUAUGUCACUAAACUCUCAAUUAAGUCUCGUGCAUCUUCAAACUUUCACCAGAAGUGAACAAACGUCGUCUUCAGCUACCUCUGAGGUGAUCGGAUCAGUCCUGCAUGAAGAACGAAUCACAUCUGAGGUUUUAAACUCGCUGCACAGGCUUCAUGUAUCUGGGCACAUGAGUGAGGCGUUCAAUGGCAGCACAAACUAUAGGAAACUGGAGUUUUAGGCGUUAAAGUGAUGUUAUUCAGGGUCUUUCUUUCUCUGUGUGUUUUCUGCCUGCCACUAUCUUCUCUCUCUCUCUCUCUUUUCACUCCUCCCUCUCUCGCAGACACUUGACUCACAUCCAGCCGUCUGUGUAAUUAGUUUUCUGGAGUGUGUUUCCUCAGACUGGAAGCUACAGAUGGUCGGGAUUUGCGGCACACGACCGUGCAGCCCGAGAACAGUUUAGAACAUAAGGAGACAGUUCACUGGUUUCUCUCUCUCUCUCUCUCUCUCUCUCUCUCUCUCUCUCUCUCUCUCUCUCUCUCUGCACAAUUCAAGUGUUUUGUUGUUUUGUAAACGAGGGUGAAUCCAGUCAAACCUUUGCUCCUGAUGAUGAAUCGGCUGCGUCUGGAAUUCGUUUGUUGAAGUGUUUUAAUUUAACUCUGAUUAUUAAAUAUCACGGUGAUCAUUUUAACUUC